AUGGUUUCAGAUCAUGCACCUUUAUUUGGAGUUUGUGCUAGUGUUCCAAAGCCAAAAAAUGCACCUAAAAAGUUUCAAAAAAUGCAGAUACAACAUCCAAAUUUUCUACAAGUAAUUAAUGAUAGUUGGUUUACUGAAGUUAAGGGUGAUCCUGCUUUUGUAUUCAUGAUAAAAUUGAAAAAUCUUAAACAAGUUUUGAAUGACCGGAAUUGGAAUGUUUUUGGUAAUGUUACUGUUAAAAUAAAAGAAGUUGAAGUUAAAGUCAAAGUUGCAAUACAAAAAUCAGAUGAUGAUCCUUUUAAUGAAGAUGCUCUAAAGUCAUUGGUGGAAGAUCAGAAUGAAUUAUCAAGUAGGGAAGUUCAACACAAUACAAUACUGAAGAAAAAAUCAAGAAUUAAAUGGGACAUCAUUCAUAAAGAUCUUGUAGCUGCAAUUCAAUUUUGCUGGAACAGAAAAUUUAUACCUAAAGGUUUAAAUUCCGGCUUUUUAGUUCUUCUGCUAAAGUGUCAAGGUGCAAAAACUGCUGCUCAAUUCAGGCCCAUUGGUUUAAGCAAUGUCAUCUUCAAGAUUAUCACCAAGCUAAUUACUUCAAGAAUGAGUACUUUAAUUGGGAAGCUUGUAUCUCCUCAACAAACUGCCUACAUUAAAGGGAGAAACAUACAAGAACAAGUUUUGUUAGCAUAUGAGAUGGUGAAUGCAAUGAAGAAAAAGUGGAGAGGAGAAAAUGUAGGCUUAAAGCUAGAUAUUUCACAGGCAUAUGAUGCAGUCAGCUGGGAAUUUCUCACAAAAGUUUUACUUAAAUAUGGUUUUUCUUCUUCUUGGUGCCAACGACUACUAAUUAUUCUUAAUUCUGCAAGAAUUUCUGUAAUGGUCAAUGGUGGACCUUGUGGAUUUUCCAGUUGGAAGGGGCUUAAGGCAAGGUGA